AUGUUAUCAUCUGAAAAUGUGGUUCGUUUCAGGAUGAGAGAAACUCUGGCUAACAAAAGGCCAAAUGAUGAGUUUCAAUUUCAUUCAACUGUAUCAAAACAUAACAUUUGUUCCAUGAUGAUUAUCUCAAAUUUAACGACUAAAGGCAAACCAAUGAACUUGCAUGUUGUUAUUUUUAGUUCAUCUGAUCUCAACUACAUUAUUGAACCACUUAACUCGGAAAAAUCUCAUCGCCAUGUUCCCAUGCCAUGUCUUAUAUCAGUUAGAAAACGAUUCUCAUCUGCUCUUUAA